GUUUUCUUGCUGUUUUGCUUUAGUUCCUUUGGUAUUAUUAUUAUUAUUAUUGUUUUAUUUUGAAAGAAUGGGGUUCCACGUUACUCUUUUCCUUGAUCAUUAAAUUGUGUUGGCUGAAGCUGAUUCCAGCGAUGGUUUAGGUUGAACUGUAGUCAGGUGAUAAAGAACUCUGCUCAAGAAUCUAAGCUGGUUCUUUACUAAAUUAAUUCAAUUUAGAGGGAACAGGACCAGUUCAUUAGAGGAAAAAGAAAAACCCCAACGUUUUACCAUUUCUCCCUACGGAAAAGAAAUGGAGAAAUUAAAUGGGAAAAAAAAAAGAAGAAGAAGAAGAAAAGAGCAAGAUUCUACAGUUAAUUGGCUUGAGGACAUCUUUGAGUCUAUGGGCCAAUUUGUUGAUGGGUUAAAGUUUGCUGGAGGAUCUGACAGCCUAUUAUCAAAAGCGUAUAUCAAGGAAAUAACUAACAUAGCCCACCAGCACAAUGUCUAUGUUAGCACUGGUGACUGGUCGGAACAUUUACUUCGGAAAGGACCAUCUGCAUUUAAGGAUCACAUUGAGGAAUGCAAGCAGCUUGGAUUUGACACCAUAGAGCUCGAUGUUGGAUCAAUGGAAUUUCCUGAAGAAACUCUACUGAGAUAUGUGCGGCUUAUAAAAAACUGUGGACUUCGGGCCAAGCCUCAAUUUGCUGUCAAGUUUAAUAAGUCUGAUAUACCUGUCAAUCAAGAUAGAGCAUUUGGGGCAUAUGUGGUACCUAAACCUCGAAGCUCUGAAUUUGUCGAGGAUGUGAAUUUUUUGAUUAGAAGAGCUGAAAGGUGCUUAGAAGCCGGAGCUGACAUGAUAAUGAUCGAUGCUGCUGAUGUCUGCCAACAGGCUGAUUCUGUUCGGGCUGAUAUCAUCGCUAAGAUAAUUGGACGUCUGGGGAUUGAGAAAACCAUGUUUGAAGCGUCAAAUCCCCAGACAUCCGAGUGGUUCGUUAAGCAAUAUGGUCCAAAGGUAAACCUUUUUGUGGAUCACUCGCAACUCAUGGAUUUGGAAUGUCUUCGAGGUCGCAACCUGGGGAAGAAUCACAGAUCUGUACUUGGUUCGUCUUACUUCUUAUUUUAAUGAAAUUGGAAUACUGGUGUAGAUUCAUGUAUUGGGAACUACCAAGUACCGCAAUGUUGUAGUGCCACCAAGCCUCCCUAUUUCUAUUUUGUACCAAACUCUUAUGUGAAUUUGUUCUUGUGUGAUGGUGGUAUUCGAACUUCAUUUAUUUUGUGCUUGCUGUCUUGGUUGCGACAUAUGUGAUCACUAUACUAUUUUCUGUUUUUUUUUUUUUUUAAUUUUCUCGGUGUAAUUUGUCUUGGUUCAUUGCCUAAAUACAUAACUAAGACAGCUAUUUAUGUGAUUUUGAUACGUGAACUGAAUCCAUGUAUGUCUUGGGUGCUAGCAGAGUGGUUUGUGGUCCAGUUCUUAUAGCUCAAUAUGAUUUGCAGGAAAAGAUUCCUUGAAUUAUGUUCAUUGCAAUAGCUUGAGUGUCCAUCAGCAAAUAAAUACCCACCUUUUCCUUCC